UGCAAAUGAAGCCCCAUCAGAGAGCGAUAAAAGCUCUUUUUCACAAGGGGUCUUCACGCCAACUCUUGCCCUUCUCCUUCUGCUCCGUCUAGAUCUGUCCGAUUUCGUCAAUUUUCUCUGAAGAUCGUCUGCCCCUUUCGCAUGCAGAGGCAAUUUCUCUGAGAAGAAAGCGUCCGGAUAGUCGAAGGAGGUCGGGAUUUGUAUGGUUUAUUGGUUGUAGCAUGUGGGCAUAAUGGGGUCCAGAAAAGAAGUCGCUUCUCCUUCUUCUGCAUCUUCUUCUUCUGGGUCUCAAGACAUGGCGAUAUCAGGACUCUGUGAAAAGCAGCAGCAGGAGAUGGAAAAUUUGACCCUAACAACAGAACCAUUCAAAGUAUUAAAGCUUUUCAUUUUGGCCGUUGUCCAACAUGUUAAGCAAUCAGUAGCAUACCUUUUGGCAAAAGGUGGUUGGGUUAUGCUUUUAAGUGUUGUGGCUAUGGCUCUUGGGUUUGUGCUGAUGGCCAUUGAUGGGCCUCAUGAAAAGCAUGUUCAGGAGCUUCAUCAAUAUUUCCUGUUUGGAUUGUGGUGGAUAGCUCUUGGCAUUGCGUCUUCUAUUGGUCUUGGGUCUGGUUUGCACACUUUUGUCCUUUAUCUGGGGCCUCAUAUUGCGCUAUUUACAAUAAAAGCCAUGCAAUGCGGUCGAGUUGACAUAAAAAGUGCUCCAUAUGAUACAAUACGAUUAAAAAGUGGCCCCUCGUGGCUUGAUAAGGAUUGUUCUGAAUUUGGACCUCCAGUGUUUUCAUCAUUACAUGCCUUGCGGGUUCCACUUAGUAGCAUAUUACCCCAGGUUCAGGUAGAGGCUGUUCUGUGGGGUAUUGGGACGGCACUUGGGGAGCUUCCUCCAUAUUUUAUCUCAAAAGCUGCAAGUUUGUCAGGUAGCAAAUCAGAUGCCAUAGAAGAAUUGGAUGCUUCCUUGCCUGAAGAUGAUGGAGUCGUAUCUACACAUCUUAAACAGAUUAAACGCUGGUUUCUAUCACAUUCACAACACUUGAACUUCUUUACCAUUCUGGUGCUUGCUUCGGUGCCGAAUCCUCUAUUUGACCUUGCUGGCAUAAUGUGUGGACAAUUUGGGAUUCCAUUUUGGAAGUUUUUUCUUGCAACAUUCAUUGGAAAGGCAAUUAUUAAAACUCACAUACAGACAGUUUUCAUUAUUUCAGUUUGCAAUAAUCAACUCCUUGAUUGGAUAGAGAAUGAGUUGAUUUGGGUGCUUAGUCUUAUACCUGGUUUUGCUUCUGUCCUGCCUAACCUCAUUUCCAAACUGAACGCAAUGAGAGAUAAAUACCUGGCACCCUCACCUCCUGUGCCCUCAAAUAUGAAGGUGAAGAAAUGGGAUCUGUCAUUUGCUUCAAUCUGGAAUACGGUUGUCUGGCUCAUGCUCAUCAACUUCUUUUUCAAGAUUGUGACGGCAACUGCACAGAAUUUUCUUAAGAAACAGCAGGAAAAGGAGUUACUCGCAUUGAAAGAUGAGUUGUCAGAAUCAACAGUCUCAAAUGACCAAUCUGAUCAAGUAGUUCAGUGAACUUUGAAAA